AUGGCCCCAACUGUUGCCCCAGUGUCACAAUUCGAGCACGUCAAGUUUAUUGGCGAAGGAUCGUUUGGAUUUGUAAGUUUUGGUUGUUAUUGUAGUAAAUUUUGUAUUUUGCUUCGUAUAGGUAUGGGUACUUUGUUACCCGUACCUAUACGAAGCAAAAUAGCCGAUGUGACGAAAAAAACUUACAGGUCAAGGCUUUUAAACGCACUGUCCUACUUCAAAUAGACAUGAGAAACGGUUUUUCAAGCCCAGCCCGAUCUAAACUUUGCUCAAAGCCGGGCAGGCCUCUUUCUCAUGUAUAACUUCAAAACCAGCGUAAUACCCAAUUCACCAAAUCUUUAGUUUAUUGAGGCUACUCUAGCUAUAUUUAGAAUAUUAGGUUCCGACAUAAAGAACCCGCCAUUUUUUACAGGACAGGCAAAUUAUGGCGGGUUCUUUAUGUCGGCACUUAAUGUAUACCUACAUCAACUUUUUUUUACCACUUUUGGCUUUUUCCUUGGCUUAACUAACAACUGUUGUUCUUUACAAAGGAAAGUUACAAUUGUUAGUCCUAUUUAUACGUCAGACCUCUUUUUGUCUUUAGCUUACUUGAGAAACUAGACCUGAAAGGGGAGGAUCCACUAGACCCGGCCCGGGCAGAAGUAAAUUUUAAAAAGGCCGAGCCAGCUUAUGUGAGUCCAAGGGCCCUGGCCAAAAUCCAAGCCCGGCCCCUUUACAGGUCUACGAGAAGCACGUUUGCUUGUCCCUAACUUACUCAUCCUUUAUAUUCAUAAGUUUUAGUCCCUGCCCUACUCUGCUAUACUCUACUGUACUCUACUAUACCCUACCUACCCUGCCCUCCCCUACCUUUAACAAGCCUUAAUCAUCGUACCAUUAUCUCAUUUUAUCAUACUUUCAGGUAUCAUUAGUCAUAAAAACACAAGGCAUCGACAAAGGAACGAGGUAUGCAAUGAAGUACAUUGAAAAGCAGCGUGAAGAAGAUGAAGAAAACCAAAACCCACAUGCCAUAAUGGAUGAAAUAGACACGCUACAAAGUUUGAACAACCCACAUGUCGUCCGGCUCUUCUACGUCUUCCACACCAAUAAUAUGAUUCAUAUGGUGAUGGAACACGUCGAAGGCUGUGACUUAUUCGACAUUAUCACCCAGAACGCUCGUCUUCCGCCCAAAAUGGUCGCUUUCAUAUCAGCUCAACUAAUAAUGGCAGUCGACUACCUGCAUUCGGCUUCUGUAUGUCACCGUGAUUUGAAGACAGAAAACAUCAUAUUGAAUUGCGAUGGCUAUGUUAAGCUUGUCGACUUUGGAGGUGCCAAGUUUUUGCCAAAAGAUGGUGAUAUGAAGAUGCAUUCGCUUAUUGGAACCCCGGAAUACAUGGCUCCAGAAGUGUUUUUGCGCAAAGGAUACACACAUAUGGUGGAUUGGUGGGCUUUGGGCGCUUGUGUGUUCUUCAUGGCCGCUGGACGAGCAAUGAUAGACCAUGACGAUGAAGACUUUGAGAGAAAUGUAAGUAGUGAAGAGAAAACAAGCUCUAUCCGUAUCUAGCUCUACCCACUCUACCAAAAAAAUCAAACUUUCACGACCAAAACCUAUACGAUUACAUUAUAGAUAGUUCAAAACCCAAUCAAACUCCCCAAAUGUAAUCAAGGCUUGACAGAGCUGCUAAAGAAGUUGCUAGUCAAGGACCCAGAAAAGCGUGCUGGCGGUCUGGCACAACUUAAAGGCCUCAAAUUAUUCAACUUUAUCGACUUUGAAGCCUUGGAAAAACAAACAAUGUGUGCACCAUUCAAAGUUAAGGUCAUGGAUCGUGCGUAUUGUGCCAAUAAUAAAGAGAACUUACAAUUGUUAGGCCAAUGCUAUGACUCAGAAGAUUUUUAUGACUUUGACUAUGUCUCACCGGAAUUGUUGUAG